AUGAUGAAAUCCCAAUUGCAUCAACAAUAUCAGGCUAGUUAUUAUGAAGCCUAUGGAUUUGAUCUGCGUGAGGACUUUUCCCAGUACCUGGAGGAAGCAAAGAGCCAUGUAAAUGAAGCAAAACGGACAAGUUCAUCAGUGCACCCAGAAGAAUCUGGUAUAACAGGAUCGAAGAAAGAGAAAAAGGUAAAAAAAUCAUGGAAAAGUUCUUUGAUUUCAUGGUGGAAAGGUGACAAGAACAAGAAAAGCAAGCUACGAGGGGAACCCACCAACAAUUCAAAAUCAAAGGUUUCAGGGCAGAGGAAGGGUCACGUUUCUGGUCCAAUAUAUAACUCGGCCGAAGGUAUUGAUGUGAAGCACCGGGGUUCAACUUCUGGGCCUCUCACAAGUCUGUUCAAAUCCACAAAGAGAGAGGAGUGUGAGAUUCCAUAUAUGUCUCUUCACCAACAAACAAGCCCUCGUCCUGUGCAUAACUAUGGCCCCCUUUAUGUGGUCACUUGA